GUUGGCAACCUUCGUUUUGCUCCUCCUAAAGAAGCUAACUUAUGGACUGGGCAAUUUAACGCAACUCAGCGUUCAAACUCAUGCUGGCAAUACAUAUUCAGUGGUUUUGAUUUGGCCAAUCCUGCCGCACGAGUGUGGGUUAACAAUACGAAUAUGAGUGAAGAUUGUCUCUAUCUCAACGUGUGGGUGCCUGCAAAUAAAUCUGCCAAUGGGACUUUGCUAUCUGCGAAUAGGUCUAGCAAUGGGAAGUUGCGUUCUGCAAAUAGGCCUGCCAAUGGGACGCUGCUGCCUGUGAUGGUGUGGAUUUUCGGAGGAGGCUUCUUCAGUGGAACGUCCACACUCGACGUCUACGAUGGCAGGUUUCUUGCAGCUAAGGAGAACGUCAUCGUGGUAUCCAUGCAGUACCGUUUGGGACCGUUUGGUUUCCUGUACGUGGAUCCGGAGGUUCAAGGAAACAUGGGUCUUUGGGAUCAACACCUUGCCCUUCAGUGGGUUCAAAAGCACAUUGUGAAAUUCGGAGGUGAUCCGACGAAGGUGACGCUGUUUGGAGAGUCAGCUGGUGCGGCGAGUGUCACGUUGCAGUACCUCUCACCCGAGUCUCGUCCGCUCUUCCAGCGCAUGAUUAUUCAAAGUGCAAGCGCUCUCAACCGAUGGGCACUGUCGACGAAAUCGGUGGCUCACGAUGCAGGUCUUGCAUUCAUCAAGACAAGCGACUGUUUCGGGAGUGGAAGGAAUUUGAAGAAGGCAGUGGGAUGCCUCAGAAAGCUGCCAGCUGAGACCCUGUUUGACAGACUGUAUGAGCUGUCCAUAGCAUCAGCGGCUCGACGCGACAGUCGACUGGUAUCGCUUGUUCCCACACAAUGGCCAGCCAAAUUCCUCCCCUCUGCUGCUCAGUACUUCGAGGUCAUUAUGCGUCCCGUGCUUGAUGGUGAUUUCUUACCGGAUUGCCCAACAACCCUGCUCAAGUCCAUUCAGGAGGGCGAGGCGCCAGAGGCCCUGGUCGGCAACGUGGACAAGGAGGGCAUGUACUGGCUAUUGUACGGUCUCGGAAUAAGAGGCGUCGAUUUCCUCAGUGAUGAAGGCACCGUUACUCGCCCAACACUCGAUCAGCUGAAAGCAGCCGAAAUCGACUACUUCCAGCUAAUCCAGAUGCGGUUUAUGAGUGUGGGUCAUCUGGUUCCUGCAUUUUCAGCAAUGACAACAGCUCAAUAUGGGCUAAAUAGCCCUUUCGUUAAACGAAUCAUGAACCAUGACUUUGGUGUCCCCUUCAAUGCAAUUAGUAGCGAGGUGGACUUCCUCAACCGACUCGAUGAUUUGAGUGGAGAAAUGGACUUUGUGUGUGGCACUCAACUGUUUGCCAAACUACUUGCAGCCAUGAAGGGUGCGAAGGUGCAGUAUUACAACUUCAUGCACAAGACUGUGGGCAGUCAGUUUCCCGCGUGGGUGGGUGCGAUGCAUGGUUCCGAAAUCGAGUACGUAUUUGGCAUGCCGUUUUCGAGUGAAUUCCAAGCCAACUUCUACAAAUUUACAGAAGACGAAAAGAAUCUGAGUGCGAAAAUGAUGCGAUACUGGGCAAACUUUGCGCGAUCUGGAAAUGCAGCUAUCAAUCGUGACGGUACCGAAUUUGGUCCUUCCUGGCCAGAGUUUGAUGGGACAACUCAGAAGUACAUGGAAAUCGACUUGAAGCAACAGACAAUGAAGCACCACCUUCGAAAUAAGAGCUGCAACUUCUGGAACGACGACUUCCCCAGUAUCGCAAGGGCUUACGUUAGUGCGACGCAACCCGAUCGUUUAGGUGGAAGUAUGCGGCCGAAGAUUUGUCCUCACCUCGAAUUUGACCUCUACGAUGUGGAACCACUGGAAAACUUUGUGCAUGGAGGUGCGUCGUGUUCACUAUUAGAGGCCUGUCCAUUACAUGUCAAGUGUGCCGUUGAACGAACUGUUGGCAGACUCGUACCUGCCAUAGACACACUAGCUACGUGA